AAAACCCUGAAACAAAUGCAGAGAUGCGAAAAAUCACAGAAGGCGGACGAUCGCGGCGUCUCCCGUCCGGCCGGCGAGACCAUGAAGAGAGAACUCCGACAGAUCAUCGACCUCGACGACGGAGAGGACGCCGAUUACGACUUCCUCUCCCAGGUCGCCGACGCCGAAUCCCGCGCUCUCUCCUCGAAGGCCGCCGCCAAGCGCGCCAGGCCCUCCUUCACCGCCGCCGAUGAUGCCGGAGAAGUCAAGCCGCAGGUCAAAGGGGCGUACCUCGCGGCUCUGAGAGGGGACGACGCGACUGGCCGUUGGCGCGAGCAGCAGAGCAAGUCCGCCGGCGCGGGAAGCCGGCUCAAGGUCGUCGCGGCCGACGGCGCUAAUGUUGGCGGCGAUCGGUUAGGGCUCGGCGGCGGCGGCGGGGAUAACGCGUGCUUCAAGUGCGGUAAGUUAGGGCACUGGGCGCGGGAUUGCGAUGGUGCUCCGGUCGGGGGAGGGGCGCAAUCGAGCGAGCCUCAGAAGGCGUGUCCCUGCGGGCUGGGCGAUUGCUUGGUUCUCACUGCGAAUACUGAGAAGAACAGGGGCAGGAGGUUUUACAAGUGCCCUGUGAGAGAGGAAAAUGGGGGAUGUGGUUUCUUCGAGUGGUGCGAUAAUGCUUCUGGAGCAACCUACAUGCCCAAUAUGUCUUUCGAUAGUCGCAGCAGUUCUCAAUUUCCAGAUCUGUUAUGCCCAUGUGGGGCUGGGUCUUGCUUAAUUUUAACAGCAAAAACGGGGAAAAAUGUGGGGCAGCAAUUCUAUCGGUGUCCUGCCAAUCAGGGAAGUUCCUGUGGUUACUUCAAAUGGUGCAAUUACCAUACAGCGGUAGCUAGUCUUCCAGCAAGUGCCGGUAAGGUCUAUAACAGCUUCAAUGACAUGGGCGGCAAAAGCUAUGGCACACCAAGUGGAUCGUCCUGUGUCAAGCGUGGUGAGGAGGGACAUUGGGCGAAGGACUGCUCUUUGCCUGCACCUGACUAUUCUUCCGCUUCAAGUGGAACUGGAAAGUCAUCUGCACCGGGUUCUUGUUACAAGUGCGGCGAGGCAGGGCACUGGGCAAAAGAUUGCCUUUCUCCUAACUACGAGGGGAGGAAGGCAAUAACAAUGAGCAAGGCAGGGCACUGGGCAAAUGAUUGCCUUUCUCCUAACAAUGAGGGGAGGAAGGCAAUAACAAUGAGCAAGGCAGGGCACUGGGCAAAAGAUUGCCUUCCUCCUAACAAUGAGGAGAGGAAGGCAAUAACAAUGUGGCAGAGAAAGUAACUCUUUUCGCAGUCACACUGGAUUGUUCAAAAGACGGGAUUCUACCGUCUGAUAUUGCUCUCGUGCAUACGUUUAAGGAACUUUAUGCUUGCUCUAAUUUGAUGAUUUUCUUCCCCUUGAAAUUUCUAAAACUCUGCUGAUUAGACCGACAUGUUGCUUCCUUUCCUAAAAACUACAGCCGGAGAAGUGGCUUUUGAAUGUUAAUGUAAAGGUUUGUUUCAUGCC